AAUGCGGGAUCUUCAUCGGCAAAGGUUUCGCAAAGAUAUCUUCAUCAAUUGGUGAGUUCCUGAGUUGCUUCUUCUCCUUUUGCAUUGCCUUUAGCUUCUGGAAUCCAUGAUUUGCUUUCUCCGCAAGACAAUCCCUUUUCGAAGGCACAUUUUCAACCCCAUUUCUCCAGAGACGGCACUCCCAGAACUGCUUUGUCUUCAUCAACAGUGGCCAUCUGCGAGGUACUGUAAUUCAACGCAUCAAGUAGGCAUUCUUUCACUGUCUUGUAUCUCAUUGACUCAUGAGGCCUCUCACCCGAAGAAGCUGCUUCAGCUUCUAAGUGUGUCAGCUUCGAAUCGCGAGAGAAGCUAGAUUUGGUAAUCAAUUUCCUCAAGAGUCAAGGACUGUCCCAACCCCAGAUUCGUCGUUUCGUUAGGGAUGUCCCAAAGCUUCUUCGAUCUAAUCCUCAGAAAACCCUUCUGCCAAAGAUUGACUUUUUCAUAUCCAAUGGCGUUUCGAGCUCAGACAUCCCUAAGCUCACAUGUAGUUGCCCUAUCAUCAUGUCGAGAAGCUUAAGUAAGCAGCUCAUUCCUUCCUUUGAUUUCUUUCGAGACUUGUUUAAAUCUGACGUCAAAUUUAUUCAAGCUAUCAGAAAUUUCUCAGGGGAUUAUGGAGGAAGUGAAGGAAAUGGGAAUUAGUCCUUUGAUGAUAAACUUUUGGCAGUUGCUGUAUUGGCAUCAGUAAGCAAAUCCACAUGGAGAAAAAAGGCUCAUGUUUAUAAGAAAUGGGGCUGGUCUGAGGAUGACAUUCUUGCAGCAUUUAGAAAGUAUCCAUUUAUCAUGAAGCCAUCAGAAGAGAAGAUUGAUGCAGUGCUGGGUUUUCUUGUCAACAAAUUGGGAUGUAGAUCUUCCAUUAUUGCUAAAUAUCCAUGGGUUGUUGCGUUCAGUAUGAAUCGACGAAUUUUGCCGAGAGGUGCUGUGAUUGAGGUUUUGUUGUCAAAGGGUCUGGUUCAAACGAAAAGUUUGCCACUGCUAUUUAUGUACCCUGAAAACAUCUUUCUGAGAAAGUCUAUCAUGUGUCAUGAGAAGGAAGCUACUGAGCUAUUGAAGCUGUAUCAGGAUAAAUUGGAGCUUGCAAGGUGCAUGAAGAAUGGAAAGGGCUUACAGAGCGUACAAGCGAUUUUUGGCGACUCGUCACUUACAUUACAAGCUAACUGUUCUCGUCUUUUGGCUGCCUGACGCACUAAACUCUUUGAGUCUUGACCGCAUUUUUGCUUCACGCCCUUGCUCGACUGCUGUGUUAGGAUUUUCUUGUCCAAUUGGAAAUUGAUUUAACUGCAAAGAGAGUCUCUGCCAUAGUGGUCUUCUAGUCACCAGGCAAAAUUUGCUUGUUAUUGGGGACAUUCUACAGAGAUUGCAAGGUAAACGAUGUAGAAAUUCUAGAAGGUUACAAUAUUGUAAUUUUGAGCGUGUUUGUUGGAUUUUCUACAACCAGUGUAGAAUAUCCUUUAGACUGCACUGAUUUUUAGCCUGAUGUAAAAAUUGUCUUUUUUUUUUCAUUGUAAAAAGUCUUUUAUGUAUUAGUGAGUGUGUGAGCUUUUUACUUUAUGUUUUUUCAUUCCAUAUGGUCCAAUGUCAAAUUAGAACAUUUAAUUAAUUUUUGCUAGA